AUGUUUGGUCUUACAGAGAAAGGGAAAGGGGGCCGGGCGCCUGCCGAGCUCUUGGCCGCCACGGUGACAGGGACAGGCCAGAGCCGGACGUACUUGUCCAGGGAGGAGGAUGAGUCCUUGGAAGAGGGUGUUGUGAUUGACGCCCGAAAGAGCACCAGCGUGAGGACGGCCACUACUUCUCUCAUCGAGGGCAAGUCCAGGCCCACGUUCAUAGCCAACAGCCAGGAGCCACCCCCAGCCAUGCCAGCCCCUGAGGAUCUGCGGCUGGUGCUGAUGCCCUGGGGCCCGUGGCACUGCCACUGCAAGUCCGGCACGAUGAGCCGAUCCCGGGCUGGGAAGCUGCAGGGCCUUUCUGGGCGCCUCCGAGUGGGGGCGCUGAGCCAGCUCCGCACGGAGCACCGGCCUUGCACCUACCGGCAAUGUCCCUGCAACCAGCUGCGGGAGGAGUGCCCCCUGGACUCAGAGCUCUGUCCUGACAGCAACUGCGCCUCUCGGGCCACCACCAGGAACCCUCGCACCACCACUAGAACCUUUCCAGACAUCCACCUGAGACGCAGACCCAGCCUGCCUCCCAUCCCAGCUCUUGAUUUUUGGAAACAGGUCAGGACUGGCCUGGAGGAUAUUUGGAACAGCCUCUCUACAGUGUUCACAGAGAUGCAGCCAGUAGACAGAAGGCAGAGGUAAAUUCCCACUCCAUCCACAAGAGGUGUCAGCAUUUCAACCUCUCUUCCCUUCAAUCCCAGUGCCCACGAGAUAUUUUUAGUACAGAAAGACUGGAAAAAAUGUUUGGUCUUGUGGGGUUUUUUUUUUGGAGAUUUAUCUAAAAGAAUUACAAAUCCCUUUAACCCUAAAACUGAACUGCACUUCCUGUCCCCCAGAAGAAAAUGUUUAUAUUGUUCGUAUUUACUGCCAAUGCAUUUUUUUUUUAAGGUUUUGC